AUGAACCCCUCGUCGAGGGUUGAUCGUGACGGCGAUGGCGCGGGGAACGUUUGGAUGUCUCACCCUUCUCUGUCCUCGAUGUCUCCCAUUCGGUUGUCCUCCGAUACCGAGAUGAGCUUCGGAGAGAGGUCCGUCGCUGCCGCUGGGGCUGCAGUUCUUUCGGCGGUCCUCGUGAAUCCCCUUGAUGUCGCCAAGGUACCCUUCUUUAACGACCCACCCUGUACAUCGUUCGGUAUUCCAUAGCAAUGAGAAUCGCGCGAAACGAAUGAAGUUUGUCCUGAUAGAAGCAUUGUCGUUUCUUCCUUCGUUUGUAGGGUUUAAUCGCCGUUUCUAUUUGGACACUAUUCCCUCAAGGCCCUUCGUUCUUCCAUUGCUUCUCUUUGAUACUGUCUAUCGAGCUUGACGAAUACAGUAUCUAUCAUACAGUGGCCGGGGGUUUUAGGGAAACUUUCCAUCUUGUUAUGUACAUUUCUAACGAAUUUUCUUCCAUUGUUUUGAUUUAUGUACGAUAUCUUCUCUAAUUUUUGUUUAUCUUAAAACCUAAUUGGUUUUUUGUCGAGAUGCUUUAUCAAAACUGUGAAGGCCCAGUCUUCUUCUUCUGUCACUGGAGAUUGAUUGCUUUGUUGAUUUUAUAUGUCGUGCUUUACCAGUUUUAUGCUAAGUACUGAUUGAUGUCCCUGACUUCACGUCACCAGACUAGAUUACAGGCGCAGGCAGCUGGAGUUCCGUAUUAUCCUUACGAGCCAUAUGUCCGAAGGCACAUUGUUUCACUGGGGUCAAACACGGUAUGGUGAUGACCUCAACAUAGUCUAUCUUGACUAUCUUGACUAUCUUGGCCACAUUUAUUAUAAAAUGACGAGAGGGUUAUUGUGGUGAUUUAACAUAUUAUUCGUACUUUAUGAUUCUAGACUAGGAAAUAUAUGUUGAAAAAUGAUUCCGUGAACCAUUUGUCUCGUUUCGCAUUCGACAUUCAGCUUCAGUGUUAUUGUCUGUCAGAUCAACCUGCCUGUAUGUAGCACGAGAUGGAUUUUACAUCCCUCAGAUUUUUACUUCUCCAUUAGCCUAGGUAUAUAUGAAUUACAUGCUUUAGAAUUCAGAUGCAAAAAAGUAUGUUGAUUAUGACCACGAAUUAAUUGAAUGUGAUGUCACGAGACAAUAAUGACUUGUACUAUCAAUCAUAACAGGGACCCUUUGUUUUCUUCGAUUUUGAUAAUGAUUCAUUCACUUGAUCUUCAACUGGACGCCAUUAGCAGAAAUACUUCACAUAAUUCUUAAUUAAGGAAGAAAAUAUUUUCUUAACUGUUCAUAAUUUCUGUUCCUGGGGAAGCUGACCAUAUGCAUGGUUAUCCUUGUGAGCUAUCGAAACUUUCAUUCAAGAGAUAAUGAUCCCUGCCUGAUGUAUCUGAAUUUAAUGCACCAUGCAUAUUUUUAUGCUCAUUCAUAUUCUGGAGAUAUUCCCCAAGACAUCCUACCCUUGGUCAUGGCUCCUAUAUAUGUUGUGUCAUUGAAUAUUGCUUGGAUCACAAAGCCCAUAAUUGGUUGAUAAGGAGCAGAAAAAAAUCCUCGUUGUGUACCACGUUUUAUUGCAAUUUGUUAAAAUUAAUAUAAACGAUGAGCAUCAAUGUCAUUUUAUGAGAGACAGCCAAAAUUUUGAAGCAAGCAUUUAACUUUUUUAGGUCCCACCACAGUAUGAAAAAUAAAUAAAGUAGUUAUAGAGAAUUAUGUCUCGUCUUAACUUGAAACUGAAUUCUAUGAUAGCUGAUGUUUUGGUUAAGGAAGGCAUUUGUUAAUAGUUUGCGUUGGAUCUUCUCAAACUGAGUAUUUAAUGGUGCCUGUUGGUCUUUGGUAGCAUGACUCCCUCACAUACAUUUCGAGCAUAUCUAAACAUACGCUUUCUCACGUUUGCCAUAUUAUCCAGGGCUGUGUGUAAAAGGGAUAUUCUGUUUAGGUUGAUAGCCAACAGGAAGCUAUGCCCAAAACCUUCAAGAUUUGGCUAUCCAAGUCAAUAUUGAUCGUUGUUUGUUCAGUGUUGAUAAUAUUUGUUUGCAUCGAUGGAAUGUUUAGCUUUAACAGUCAUGGUUUUUAAGAGAAUGCCAUAUGGCUAUGGCUGCUUUGACGGAUUAUUAGCUCUUUCUGGUUCUCUGACGAGUGUUACCUAGGUCUGUUGAGUGUUACCUUGGACUCUGACGAGUAGAAUAGCCUGCAUGCAUCCAUUAUGGAAACGUGGAAUAAUCAGUGAAAUGUAUUGUAGUAACGGUGUUGACACAUCAUCUGAAUUUCUCAUGUACAGGUAGUUAUUUAUGCUUCAAGAAUUUCCCUCAUAUAUUAUAAAUUUCUACUUGGUCAGCUGUGUUCUACUUGGUGCAGCAUUUUUUAACGUUUUAGUAUGCAUUUAAUUUUCAGAUACUUGGAUUUCGAUUUGAUACUUUCCUGUAACAUGCAAAGAAUGGUCUAUCGCUAUUUUUUAACCACAUUUCGAUGUUUUUAUUCAGAUCUUUUCAGAUAUCAGAUGUUCUACAUCAUGCACUCGUGGUGGAAUUUUUGGUACUGAAAUGGUUUGUCCCCCUGAUUGUUUUCAGUACAAAGGAACGCUGGAUGUUUUCCACAAAAUCAUUAGACAAGUAGGUGUUCUAACCCCUUUCCCUUUGUAUGCCCGAGUGCAUAUACGCAGCUUGUGUCUUAUUUCUUCUUCCAUAAACUGUCAUACAUUUUAAAUCAUUUCUCAAAUCUUUUUUCGCUUGUGGAUCUAAUAAGAUUAAUUAUGCAGGAAGGAUUUACUAGACUCUGGAGAGGCACUAAUGCAGCACUAGCAUUAGCUAUACCAACAGUGAGUUCUUCUCUAGUUCCUGUUUUGGAUCUAAUAUUUGAAUGGAUGACUAUAACAGCCUAUUUAGUGGUAAUUUUUUUCUCAAGAAUAAACACUAAAUACCCCUCUAGUUAUUAUAGUUAGUUCACAUUCACGGUCACUUAAAGCAGCUGAUGGAAAGCUUGGUUGGUUCAGUUGAUUCUUGCCUGAUCUACCCUACUUUUGAAACCUCAGCUUUGACUCCACUUUCUAUAUUUUGUGCUUCGAAUACAGGCAUUUUGAAAAAAGUCAGCUUUUAGUUUGAGCAUCUGUCCUGCUUACCUUGUUCUCGAUCGUUUUUUAAUGUUCUGAGAUCCUUUAAUUUGUUUUUCUAAUCUUUUCCCCUUAUGAUAAUAGGUGGGUAUAUAUUUACCAUGCUACGAUUUAUUUCGCAACUGGACAGAGGACUUCACAACUAAGAAUGCUCCGAAUUUGACACCAUACGCCCCUUUGGUUUCGGGCUCUGUUGCACGCUCAUUAGCCUGCAUAGCUUGCUCUCCCAUCGAACUUGCAAGAACACGAAUGCAGGUAUAUUGCUUCUCUUUUCAUGAAAAAUUAAAACUCUUGCAACACUAACUGUAUUGCGAGUUUUCUGUGCUCGUGGGAACUGCCUUGGCCUUUUUAGCACGAGAUAGGGGCUUGCCAUCCAAAAUGCCUCUUGCUUAUCAUACACAUUAUAAUUUACUGUCUUUAUCCUUCCAAAGUAAGAUAGUAUAAUGCUUUCAAUAUAUCACUGUAUAGAUUCUCCUGAUGAAAAUGAAGUCAGAGAAACAAUAAAAAAUGCUGCAUUCAAUGAUUAAGAUCAGGUGGUUUAGGAUAUUUUGGUUGUUUUGGGUUGCUGACACAAAUUAGAUUCCCCAUUGCUAGCCUAAUUUUUGGCUUUUGUACUCAACAUCAUCUUCAUUCCAUUUAUAAGCGAUAUUUACAAGCAUUGGAUCAUUACCUUUUUUUUUGGAGGGGGGGGGGACAGGGGGGUGGUAAGACGACAGGGUCUGGAUGAUUCACGCAUCCUAUGAGAACUCGAUGGGUUUGAAAUUUUUAAAAUGAAUGAAACAAGUAAAAAAAGGUGGAUAUAGCCUGAUCUCCAGAAAUGUUUGCAAUAUCGUAUUUAAGAGGAAUUUCACUUGUGCCGAAAUACUUCAAUCCCAUCUCGAUCAGGCAUUUCGUGGAUAUAGCCUGAUCUCAAUCACAUGGGAUUGAAGCUUUCCACUUGUGCCGAAAUACUUGAAGAAAUAUAAUAUUUCAAUUUCUCAGUAGAAUAUUAGAUCUUCUGCACUUUAGAGGACAAAUUGAGAGGGCGCACAAGGGUGUUACUUACGGUAACGAGUGCUCCUCAGACAAGAAGGAAUAAAUUGUAGGAAGCAGAAUGAUGGUUGCAAGCGUUUACUAGUAAAUUUAUCCGUUGCCUAAUUGAUCAAUCACCUGUUCUUGCUCAGCUUUUUGUCUGUGAAGGGAAAAAAUGUCUUACGCGGCACUACAAGGAUCUUGUCUGGGUGCGUUCCGUUUUAGGAGAGUGAUACCUACAAUAGAACGGUUGUAAUAAAUAAAAGAUAAGGAUAGUGAUACAAUCCAGAUCAUAAUGAGGAGCCUUCUUGUGAUGGAAGGAAAUAGCACAAAAAAGGAGAAGAAAUAGUGGCAUCAGGUUUGAAUAGACAGAGAGCAUCUUGACUCCUCCAUGCAUGCUUAAGUUGGCUGUGGGGAUUUAACUCAGUUUGUAGAGCCCUACUCUUGCACUCGGCUCUUAAAUUGUCAGCUGUAUAGACUGAGGUAGGUGAUUUCACCAAGCUAGCUCUCUGGGUCCAGGCAUUGAAGAAGCUUUAACUUUCUCAUAGAGUAUUUUCUCUCUGGAGUUCUUUAUUUUAUUUCCCUAACUCAGUCUUUUAAUGUAUUUAUCGGUUUACCGGAUUUAUUGACAACAGGCAUUUAAAGAGUUUAAAAGUGAAGGAAAGCCUCCUGGGGUCUGGAAAACUUUGCUCGGGGUGCUUUCACCGCUGAGGAAUACCAGUAAUCUGCAAAACAGUACGCACUCUUCUUCCGAACGUUCUCUAUAUAUAAUGUGAUACAUUGUUGGUUGUUCUAGACCACAGCAUUGGGACGUGGGACAGUAACAUUACAUGGAUGAAAAAUCGUAACUUAAAGAAAUAAUUACUUCAUUAAAUUGUGUACCCUUUUCUAUUACAAGCAUGAAUUAUAGUUUUCAAUCCAACCAGGACAGACCUGGGUGUCAAGUAUCUGCCUUGGACAACCUGGGCAGAAAUGAGGUACUAUGAUUUCUAGAAGAACCUAAUGAGUUCAGAAAAAAGGCAGAUUUUACGCAUUGUGCCACCACAAAUUGCGUGUAAUUCAGAGCGCAUUCGAACUAAACCACCGUUUUCAUCGUGCGUGAACUCAUCUAGCUGAAUUUGGACAUGAACGGUGUAGAUUCUAGUCUAACUAACUCGAAUGCUUUUGAUCUGAGUUCCAUUGUUGUGAGUGACUCAAAGACUUGGUGACAGAUUUGUUGUUACCCGGGAGUAAGGUAGUAGACGAAUGCUUUAUCCGUCUUCCUUUUUUUUAUAAUAAUAAACUAAAAAUUGAUAGUGCUUCACCAUGGUUUUAUGGUGGGUUUAAAAGACUUUCCUAUAAAUUAAAAGAUUUGUUUACCAAAAAUGGAGUGUUCAUGUCGUUUAUCUCAGUUUAGCCUAGCAUCUCAUUCAUGUUCCGUAUACUGAUUUCAUAGGGUGGAAGCAUUAACCAUUAACCUAAUGUUAUAAAAAUCGACCACUGAAAGGUCCCGCUAUCCCUGCUUUCUGAUGACCACCAUGGAUUCUUUCUUAAGUGCGAUCUUCAAGGACGUAGGAAAAAAGUUGUUGAUAACCAUGAGUUUCCAUCUCUGGACCAGAAUAUUCAUAGGAUUUUUUUCCCUUCAUUUUGUAUAUCCUGCUGAUGUGAACGCUAUUUAAAAAACAGUACAGAAUUUCCGCGUCUUGUGGACUGGUGUGGGUGCACAACUUGCUCGUGAUGUUCCCUUCUCUGCUAUCUGUUGGUCAACCCUUGAGCCGGUAAUAUUCUUUCUGGUGCAUGGUGAUUUCUUUAGUUCGUUAGUUUCUGACAGCCUUUCUUUAUAAUGCUGAAUGAUCUCGAGAACUGACACUCUGAACAGAUCAGGAGAAAACUACUUGGGAUUGUUGGUGAGGAGGCGACUGCAGCAAGUGUUCUGGGGGCCAAUUUCUCAGCUGGUUUUGUUGCAGGAAGCAUUGCAGCUGCGGUUACAUGUCCACUUGACGUUGUAAAGACUCGCAGACAAAUAGAGGUACCCUUCUACUUUUGGUCAUCUCAUACAAUUUAUUUAUUUAUUUAUUUAUUUUUCUUGUUGCAAAGACUUCAUUCAAUUAUGGAAUUAUUUCGAUAUCAAAUUAUUAAAAAACAUUUACGAUUUUCCCGUCAUUAUAAAAAAUAAGAUGGGUCGCCACCCAGAGGCCAUCUUCUUGGCCUGUUGAGAGGCAAUUUUUAAUAAAUUACGGCAGAAGUUUCCCCAUGGAGCAGCGGCUUUUUUGGGUAAGAUUUGACUUAGCGAAUCUACAAAAUUUGAUCCAUUUUUUCGCAAGAAGGUCUAUUCGAUUAUUGGGUUCUAUCCUAGAACAGGUUUACUUGAGAGUAAAUCUGCAGUUGAUUAGGGCCUGCAUUCUUCUGCGACCCAGGCUGGAAAAUGGGGACAUUCUUUUGCAUGAAUCAGCCACUUUUCUGCUGCUUUCUCUCUUCCUCGGCCCAUUUUUACAUCAGUGCUCUCUCUUUGUAUCACAGAAGGAUCCAAGUAGGGCCUUGAACAUGACCACCAGGCAAGUGCUAGUCGAUGUUUGGAGGUAUGUUCCCUCUCCCUCAUCCGCUCUUUCUUAAUCUUCUUUGGUCGCGGCAAAAUGCUUUAUUUCAUUCUCAACCAUGAAUAUUUCACUGGAGAACGGAUCUCCUCGCCGUGCCAGAUGCCAAAUGUUCGUAUCAUAUGAAUGCUGUUAGAAAACACCGGUAAGAAUCAUGCUCCAUGCCACAUAAUGAUGAAUAUUCCCAGAAGAAGCUUGUCAUCACCGUACCAAGUAGCAUCUGUCUAUAUGGUAACUACCCACGCAGUUCGAUCAUGUAGAUGCUGUAGCUAAACCCAGUGAGAACCAUGCAUGUUUCAUGCUCGAUGUAAAGGAGGAGCUAGCUUUCUGAAGAUGGUACUGUUGUGACCUUUUUAACAGGGAGAGAGGCAUGAGAGGCCUCUUCACAGGCGCCGGGCCACGCGUAGCUCGGGCAGGACCCUCCGUGGGGAUUGUGGUUUCGUUUUACGAGGUUGUAAAGCACGUCCUGCACCAGAGACAUUCGAGUCCAUGA